GAAGCGUGCGGCUUCACUCGAUUCAUCUGUGCAAAGCAUCCGCGAGCCAGACGCGCUUACCAGCGAGAGUGAAGGGCGUACUGAGUGGUUUUUGCCUCCGUGGUACCAUAUCGGGCGUUCGGUCAAUCAAAGCAUCGACCUCUUCAUCAAUAUUCAUUUUAUUUAUUUAUAGUGGUAUUUACUUCUUCAGUCUAGUAGCGAAGUGGAGACCCUCCCACGGCGCUCAUCCAUCUAUACGAUGUUCUCUGCACUUGUUGUUCGCGACGUGCCCGUCGUGCAGGCCCGCUCGCACGCCUCCGCUCCUGCAGGAAAGAAUCCCCACUGCUCCGUGUGCCCUCCGCGGCCGGUGUCCGUAACAGACGAACGAACCACAAAAGCGGCUGCAGCCUCCUUGCCUCACAGUGCCGGCGCCGUCUCUGCCCAAACUCGCGCCGCCACUCGCGGCAUAACGGACGUGAUGGAUGACAUCUUCCACACCUACACCGGCGUGAACUCGUGGGCAGCCUUCUCGCGGAUUCAGGAAGAGGGGGCAGGGCUGCGUCAGCAACUGCAGAACGGCGCCGUGUUUGAGCACCCGGCGGUGCAGCCCGUCACCUCUGCUUUUCUGACGGAGUGGACUAAGAAGAUGCGCGCAUUGCAAGCGAGUCGCACCUGCGCCGUUGGGGCAUCGGCCGAUUCUCCCUCGCCUGUGCCCCCAAAACGAAGUACACACAAGAGGUUUUCGCGCAUCAAGAAGCAAGCAAGUGGGCCGGUGGAGGAUGCAUCCUCCAUGGAGAAGGAGUUGGAUGUAACGGAAGCGGACAACGCUGACGGCGAGGAGGCGGAGGAGGACGGUCUGCUCCCGCGGUGGGACGACAUGGAGCCCACGCGGCGGUGUGGCCCCUCCGUGCUGCGCGCCAUCCGCGGUGCCGUUCGCACGUACUUCAAGGCUCUGCUGCACCUCGUCACCCUCGCUGAGCGGUUUGCGGGCCGCUGGGGUCACCUUUCGCCGGGCGAGUUGAAGGGUCUGCACGUCGCCAUGGCACACGAAAAGGCCGCACACGUGCCUGCGGGCUUUCUUUUUUCCACUUUUACUGAGUUGAACGUGACAGAGGAACGACUGGGCAACGCGGUGGGCGAGUUGGCCCGGUGUGACCGCAUGGAAGUGCUCCGGCUGAACCGCAACCCUGGCUUAACACAGCUGCGAACGCUUCCCCCGCACUGUCGCGUGGUGGUGGCCAGCGGAUGCCACCUAAAAUCGUUCUUGUACCCUCCCGUCCUUAACCCAACGAACACGCCUUUCAUUUACACGUCGCUCACCACUCUCGGGCUCGCCUACAAUCAGCUGCGCGAUGUAAGUUUUAUUGCCCUUCUCCCCGCAUUGACGUUGCUCGACGCGUCCUUCAACUGCAUGACGGACAUCGACGCCGUCGUGCGGGAUGUGGCGGUGCACGACGCACUGGCCGAGGUCACUUUCCAAGGCAACCCAAUCUCCUUUCUAGACACGUAUCGCACGACUGUUAUUCGCGGGUGCGUGCGUCUGGACAGGCUCGACCGCGUCGCCAUCACCAGCGAGGAACGCACGCUUAGCUUUCAGAAGAUGCUGUUCAGCGAGCACGCGGCCGACGCAGGUGCGACGAUGGAGCACGUAUCUGUCGAAGGGGCAGCACCGAAUCAAAAGGCGGGGCAGCGAGCACCGGCCAUUCACAAGCUGACGCUACCUGCGGUGGUGGGAACGGAGAUUGGCAACGCGGCGCACGAGGCGGUGUCGUCAGGCAUAGACCAAGUCUCGCGAUCGAUCAAGUCUUCUGUGCAGAGGCGCUCUACCACCUCUGCGACGUCGCAGAUCUCCCUCUCCGCUGCCGCGAUUGAAGAGAGUGCGCAGCCGCUGCCCCUGUCCGCCGAGGCGGCACUGCGCACGACGAUAGUGGCGGAGAUGGAGCUGCUCGUCUUGCGCGGUCUGAGCACGUUGGAGCCUGUCGUGCCGGCGCACACCAUCGAGGAGCUGCUGCCGUCCUCUGCCUUUGUGUACGAGCUGGCGGGACUGGGCAACCCCGCGGCUGCCGCAGCGUCCUCGCAAGGGGGGAGCGACGUGCUGUCCAGCCCGUUCACCACGCCGGCGACGUCGAGGGUGCUGUCGCCACUCCUCGCACCCCUCUCUGCACAGAACUCUCCUGGAAGUCGGAAAGUAAAGGCGAGCACGGCGGCGGACAUCGGUGGUGGUCGACUUGGUGCCCCGCUUGGGACGCGCGGCAACACCUUUGGCGCCACCGUCACCUCCGGCGGGAAGCGCGUGGCGGCUGCGCUGCCGCUCUAUGAAGUAGCAUCGCGGGUGUGCAUCGAAGGCUGCUGGGGUGGUAGCGACGGCGUGGGUGCGGUGCUUGGCACCCCUGAGACCAAGCAUGAAGAUCCCGCCGACCGGAUGAGCAGUCCGGCAAACGCUGGUGUACAAGUAGAGUUUGAAGUUGGUCUUGCGACACCGCCUUUGGUCGCCCCACAGCGCAACGGUGUGCGUCACGGUGCUAACAUGCCUCUCAUUUCGUCCGCCUCCGCAGCAAAGCAGCGCAGAAAGGGUGCCUCCCCCGUUUGUGCCAUCGCUGGUGGUGGUGCUGGUGGUGCGACUGGUGCCUACGGCAACGCCGCGAGCGGCGGGUUGUCGGGCGUUCGAGACCCGUUCGUGCUCUCGAAGGCAUCGCCGGAUGGCACGGCGGCCCGGCACAGCUCGCUGUCCGACACCGGCGUGUACACAGCGCAGCUGCCCCUCACCCCCAACCUCGUCACCGCCUUGCAGCAGCCGCUGUUGCUCCAUGUGACGGUGGAGGACACCUUCCGUUAUGUGGAGGGGCCCGCGCUGAGGGCGGUGGCGGAGAUCAGCGCGCCUGCCAGUGCGCGCGGCAGCUCUGCGAAUCGCGGCGGUGCCUCCGUUAACGCCGGGCGGGGCUCGCGUGACGGGUCCGCGUGGCCGCCGCGACACUCGCCGGCCACCUCGCUGAGCGUUUCACCGUUUCCAGAGGCGGUGGUGACGGCGGUGUCUGGGCCGGGGCAGAGAGCGAAGGAGGCAGCGGCGGCGGUCGACGUCGCCGACGAGGCCGCGGUGGAGGUUCAGCGACGCAGAAUUGGUAUCAUCCGGCUGAAUCCUUUUGAUCUUUUCACCGGCAGUGGUGGCGAGGUGGGUGGCACCUCCCUCAGCCGUGCGGCACCCAACGUGGCCGGGCUUUCGAGUGGUUCGCCAGCCGCUACAAAUACGACGACGACGUCUGGUGUGCCACUCCCGCACAGCCGCGUGCUGUUUCUGCACGACGCCGCGAUGGAGGUAGACCUGUUGUCGAUUCGCGAGAUGCGGCACGAGCUGCAGCAGCGACAGCGCCAACUCCAAGAGGCACUCCUCGCCUACAACGCUUUGUGGGAGCAGGGGGUGGAGCCAGCCGGGGAGAGGAAAAGUCGCGGUGGGGCGGUGGCAGACGGUCCGCUCGACGCCGCUGUUCCGUGUUUCUCCUUGGACGGUGCAGUUACCAGCAGCGGGACUGCUGCCACGCCAGGCCAAAGCUCGCCUCGAACAGGCAGGCGAACCGUGAAUUCACCUCUCGCGGCUCCCUCGAUUGCUCCAGUGUUCGUAGCGGGUACCGUGACACCGCCCUCAAAGCCCACUUCUCGCGCUAGUCGCAUGAGUAUGGCUCCUCAAUCCAAUCUUCAGUUGCUCCAGCUUCACGCAAACUUGAAGGAGCAGCAAAUCAGCGUGGUGCGGCAGGCGGUGCGCAUUAUGGCCGUGCAAGCACGAUUGGCGGAGUUGGAAAGGGCGACGAUGUGCGCGGAUGUGCGGCUGUCGAUCGGUCGUGGGCCGUCGCCGCCGCCGUCAAACAGCGCCGACGCCGCGCUCGAUGCGCUUCGGUACCGGGUGGAAGUCCCGCUGACUCGCAAAGGCCGUCCGCAGCCGCCAAAGUCGCAUCGGCGGUGA